AUGAGCGGUGGUGGCGACGGCAGCGACAAGGAGGCCUUCUUCCACUGCCUGGACCGUGUGCCUUCCGGCCUGCACCUCGACGCCGACUUCCCUUCCGAUGACGACGACGACGACGACGAGGACGACGUCCGUGUCUCCUUCACCUCCGCCGCGGGCGAUCAGAACUUCAAGAGCUUCCGCCGGUACCAGUCGCCCGUGCUGGUGGAUGAUGACGAGGAGGAGGAGGAGGAGGACGACGAGGACACGUCCAAGUACGACAUGUGGAUGUCCGACGAGCCCAUGUCCAUCCAGGAGCGCCGCCGCCGCCUGCACCAGGGGCUCGGGAUGGCCAGCAGCCGGGACCUCGCGCUGCGCCGGCACAGCAUGAAGAAACGCCCCGCCGAUGUCCCGCGGACCAUGUCCCGGAGCGUGUCGAGGCCAAAGCCACCACCGUCGCCGAUCCCACCCAUCGCCGCCUCGUCGGCCGCUGCCAACGUGCCGAGCACUACCGCAGCGUCGCAGGCGGUGGCGGCUGCUGCGCCGCGGCCGGCGAAGGAGGCCAUUACGAGGCGGCGCUCGGACAGCAACCUUGUCGUCGUGCGAGACGGCGCGUCGGUCUCGGGGAAGCCACCGUCGCAGCAGCCCUUGCGACGCGUUCGUUCCUUACCGGCUCGGCACGACGCCGCCGCCCGCGUUAGCGGCACGACCAUCGUCGGGAAAGCGCAAACCGUGGCUUCGCGCGACUUGCCUGUCGUGCCGCCGCCAGCAGCGGCAGCGCCAGCGGAUAAAGGCAGCAAAGGCGACGGCGACGAGGGGAGCAGCAAUAAGAAUCGGGACAGCGAGAAGGAGCAGGUCGCCGUCGUGGCCGCCACCACGCCCAAGGACGUUUCGUCGAGCACCCAGUCGGGCGUGCUGGGGCUGGAUGAGAUCGAGAAGUUCAUCGGCAACACCCCGAUCAUGAAGCUCAUGCGGCGUGGCACGAGCCAGCACCAGCCCGCGCCGCUGCCUGCCGGCGUGCCACCCAAGGCCGACAAGGCCGCCGGCAGCAAGAAGAAGGGCGGCUGGCUCAAGAACAUCAAGUCCGUGGCCAUAGGGUUCAUGCAGGACAAGGACACAAACGCCAAGUCGGGCGUCGCGUCGUCCACGGCGGCUGCCGUGCCCAAGUCGGUCUCCACCACCAACGCCUCCGCGGGGGCCGCGCCGCCGGCCUCGGCGUCCGAGCGGCUCAAGGUGCACCAGUACGGCAAGUCGAGCAAGGAGCUCACCGGGCUCUACAUGUGCCAAGAGAUCCAGGCGCACGAGGGGUCCAUCUGGAGCAUCAAGUUCAGCGCGGACGGGCGGCGGCUGGCCAGCGCCGGCGAGGACAGCGUGGUGCGCGUGUGGCUGGUGGUGGAGACCAGCGCCCCGCCGUGCUCGCUGGCGGCGAUGGAUGGAAAGUCGGGCCCGCUGGCCCCGCUGCCUGCCCCUGGCGCGGCCGACGGGUCGUCGGCGCUGGCCUCCACCAUGUCCAAGAAGUCGACCAAUAAGGGGAAGAGCGGCGGCAGGGACGCGCUCCCCGAGCACCUCGUCGUCCCGGACAAGGUGUUCGCGCUCGCCGAGCAGCCGGCGUGCGUCCUCGAGGGCCACCAGGACGACGUGCUGGACCUCACCUGGUCCAAGUCCGAUCAGCUGCUAUCGUCGUCGAUGGACAAGACGGUGCGGCUGUGGGACACGGAGAGCAAGGCGUGCCUCAAGACGUUCGCGCACAGUGAUUACGUGACUUGCAUUCAGUUCAACCCAGUGGACGACCGGUACUUCAUCAGCGGGUCGUUGGACGCCAAGGUGCGGCUGUGGAGCAUCCCGGACCGGCAGGUCGUCGACUGGACGGACCUCAACGAGAUGGUCACCGCGGUCUCCUACACCCCUGACGGCCAGGGAGCGAUCAUCGGCUCGCACAAAGGGAGCUGCCGGCUGUACAAGACAGCAGGCUGCAAGCUUAGCGCAGAGGCGCAGAUCGAUAUCCAGGCCAAGAAGCGCAAGGCGCAAGCGAAGAAGAUCACCGGAUUCCAGUUUGCUCCGGGGAACCCUGCCGAGGUGCUGGUCACAUCUGCCGACUCCCAGAUCCGUGUCUUCGACGGCGUCACCAUGGUCCAAAAAUUCAGAGGUUUCAAGAACACGAGCAGCCAGAUCACGGCGGCCUACACCUCGGACGGGCGGUACGCCGUGUGCGCGAGCGAGGACUCGAACGUCUACCUGUGGCGGACCGCCCGGGUGCCGCCGGCCGCGGCCAUCGGCAUCGGCAUGAAGCCCAAGACGUGGUGCACCAUCCGCUCCUACGAGAACUUCUACUGCAAGGACGUGUCCGCCGCGGUCCCCUGGACGCAGUCGCCGCCUCCGCCGGGCCCCGGCGACGGCAGCCCCACCGGCGGAAGCCCGGUGCAGGGCGCGUCCUGCAACGACGAGUCGUGCAGCGUCGCCACCAAGCCGGAGGGCAGCGACGCGAGCAACAGCGCCGGUGGCGGCGGCAAGGGCGACAGUGGCAACGCGUGGGGCCUGGUGGUGGUGACGGCGAGCCUGGGCGGGGAGAUCAGGGUGUACCAGAACUUUGGGAUGCCGUUCAGAAUCAAAGGCCAGGGCAAUCUCUUCUAUUGA